UGAUGUCAUCGUUACGGUGGGCGUCAGUGGGCGGGGCCACCGCCGCUCCUCCGCUCGGAAGCUGCAGCUUUGAAGGAGAGCGAGUGAAAGUUUGCAGAGAAGGGGAGGCAGCAGCAGCUGUCGGUGGGCUUUUGUUUUGUUGCUCUGCAGCCCGCGGAGGGACACGGAAAUUCCGAUCAACAUGCCGACCACCCGGUGUCGGCCCCGCUGCACCGUCAUUCUCCUGGUGCUCCUCCGGCUGGCUCUCGCCCAGUACGAACACCUCGGCUACCCUCCGGGUUUCCCAAACCCAGAACAGGAGCAGUACACCGCCCCCCAGCUGGCGCCGGACACGCCCAGGAUCCAGCUCCGCUUGGCGGGAGACAAGAGGAAGCACAACGAGGGCCGCGUGGAGGUUUUCUACAACGCCGCGUGGGGAACCGUCUGUGACGACGACUUCAACAUCCACGCCGCUCAGGUGGUGUGCAGGGAGCUGGGCUACCUGGAGGCCAUCUCGUGGUCCCCGUCCUCAAAAUAUGGGAAAGGAGAAGGACCCAUCUGGUUCGACAAUCUCCGCUGCACAGGCAAAGAAAAGACCUUGGCGCAGUGUCCGUCCAAUGGAAUCGGCGUCUCCGACUGCAAACACAGCGAAGAUGUGGGCGUCGUGUGCAGCGACAAGAGAAUCCCGGGCUUUAAAUUUGUCAACACUAUGCCCAACCAUGUCGAGAGCCUUGAUAUUCAGGUGGAGGACGUGCGCAUAAGAGCUAUCCUGUCGUCCUACCGCAAGCGGAUCCCGGUGACAGAGGGCUACGUGGAGGUCAAGGACGGCGGCAAGUGGAAGCAGAUCUGCAACACGGAGUGGACGCAGUCGAGCGCCAGAGUCAUUUGUGGCAUGUUCGGCUUCCCCGGGGAGAGGAAGUACAACGCCAGGGUUUACAAGAUGUUCGCCCGCCGGAAGAGGCCCACGUACUGGGACUACGCCGUCAACUGCACGGGCAACGAAGCCCAUUUGUCCAGCUGCAAGCUGGGCCAGGCUCCGUCCACCAAGUCCAACGGGACCUGUCCUGAAGGGCUGCCCGUGGUGGUGAGCUGCGUCCCCGGCAGAGACUUCGCCCCGACGCCCAUGACGGGAUUCAGGAAGGCUUUCAGACAAGAGCAACCGUUGGUCCGUCUUCGCGGGGGCGCCAUCGUGGGCGAGGGCCGAGUGGAGGUGUUGAAAAACGGGGAGUGGGGCACCAUCUGCGAUGAUAAAUGGAACCUGCUGUCUGCCACCGUGGUGUGCCGAGAGCUGGGCUUCGGUACGGCCAAAGAGGCCCUGUCCGGAGGUCGAUUGGGUCAAGGCAUGGGCCCGGUCCACAUGAACGAGGUGGCGUGCUCUGGAUUUGAGAAGUCCGUCACGGAGUGUUUCUUCAACAAGGAGGCCCUUGGCUGCAGCCAUGAGGAGGACGCGGCCGUGAGAUGCAAUGUUCCUGCUAUGGGCUUCCAGCAGUCGCUGCGUCUGAGCGGCGGUCGGAGCCCCUUCGAGGGCCGCGUGGAGGUGCUGGCGGAGAGGAACGGCUCUCUGGUGUGGGGGACGGUGUGCAGCGACGGCUGGGGGACCAUGGAGGCCAUGGUGGUCUGCAGGCAGCUGGGCCUGGGCUUCGCCAGCAACGUCUUCCAGGAGACUUGGUAUUGGCCCGGGCAGGUGAGCGCCGACCCCGUGGUGAUGAGUGGCGUCCGCUGCUCCGGCACGGAGAUGUCUCUGUCCCACUGCCUGCACCACGGGGCUCACCUCAGCUGCGCCAAAGGAGGCGGACGCAACGCCGCCGGAGUCGCCUGCUCUGAGACGGCUCCCGACCUGGUGUUGAACCCUCAGGUGGUGGAGCAGACCACCUACAUGGAGGACAGGCCCAUGUUCAUGUUGCAUUGUGCGUACGAGGAGAACUGCCUCUCCUCCACCUCGAGCCAGGCGCCGGCCAACUCCUACCGCCGGCUGCUCCGCUUCUCCUCCCAGAUCCACAACAACGGCCAUUCCGACUUCCGGCCCAAAGCCGGCAGACAUUCCUGGGUGUGGCACGACUGUCACAGGCAUUAUCACAGCAUGGAGGUGUUUACGCUCUACGACCUGGUCACCCUUAAUGGAACCAAAGUGGCAGAGGGACACAAAGCAAGUUUUUGCCUGGAGGACUCCGAGUGUGAUGAAGGUAUUGAAAAGAGGUAUGAGUGCGCUAACUUCGGAGAGCAGGGGAUCACUGUGGGCUGCUGGGAUACCUACCGACACGACAUCGACUGCCAGUGGAUCGACAUAACUGAACUCAAACCUGGCGAUUACAUAUUCCAGAUAGUCAUCAAUCCAAACUAUGAGGUACCAGAGUCAGACUACUCCAACAACAUCAUGAAAUGCAGAUGUCGAUAUGACGGCCAUCGCGUGUGGAUGUACAGCUGCCAUAACGGUGGCUCAUUAAGCACCGAAACGGAAGAGACGUUCCCGGGCCUCCUCAACAACCAGGUGACCCACAGGUAAAGAGCGAGCAGUGCAGACCCGCCAACCACCACGCACCACUUCCAUCUUUAGUGGACCCCCCGCCCCGCCCCGCCCCGCCCUGGAUAAACUAUCUUUUGGAUGUCCUCGGUUAUCCACGAGGCAGCAGAUUUUCUUCGACCCUUCAUUCUCCUUCACUUCCACUUCCUCUCCUCCCGAGUUCAGAUCAAGAGAAGGGCGACGCUCUUCUUGUGCUGUAGGGAUUUUCUUUUCUUUCCUUGAUUGAUAAAAUAAGCCUGCGGUGAAGGUGCAGGUGUUUUAAUCAAAGUGCAGUAUUGGGGAAUGUCAUCAAGAUGCCUUGUGUCUCUAAAGUGCAGCACUUUACCGGGAACUCUGCUGCAGCGCUUUGUGUUCACAGCUCGCCGGGGACAGGCUGGAGGUCAGUCGCCCCGGGAGGAAUCAUCGAUAACACCAGUACAGUCUGUCUUUGGAAACUAAUGCAGCAGCAUUCUUCCACUUCUCAAAGAAUUUCGCGGCGUGGUGCCGUGAAGGCGCCCGGGGAGCAGUUAGGGGUUGGGUGUCUUGCUCAGGGACACUUUGACACUGGACUCUGUGCGCCACGAUCGCAUCCUCUUACUGGAGUCAUAGAAAAAUAAUGAAUCAAUACCAUUCAAAAGUUUGGACACACACGUUUUUAGAAGUUAGUUAUGCCCCCAGGAAAAGUGGCGGGCCAACCAGUGGAAUUACAACUCCAGAUAAACACAGUCAUUAGAGGUCGAUCCACUUCUCAGUAGCAAUGAAUGAUCCUCAUUUGAAACAUUAAGUCCAAUCCUAGACUUUCUCCCUCAGUUCAUGUAAAUGAGCCCGAGAGCGAGGCUGGACUGGUGGGGAGGCGGGGCUAAAGACAAGGCCACUGCGCUUGCUCUUUGGGCCCGUUGAUGUUGGAGAUGGCGCGAGAAUCCUGGAUACAAUUUAUUCUAAAAUGUACUCGGAGGUCACACUCAGUGAGGUACUUUCAUCCAAACUUCUUUGUAUGCGGACCACAUAACAAAUCAACCACUGAGCUCUCCUGCAUUGCACCACUGAUGAAAAACUGCAGUCUGACAAUCAAUGGGUGUCCAUACCCCUGUCAGCUCAGCUGUCAAUCAAACAUGUGAACACCCCCCCCACAGGCAUUUCUUCUUAUUCCAAAGUGACGGUACUGGCGGACUUUUCAGCCUAUAUGUAACUAAAGUAUGUCUUAAGUCUGUCACACUCCGCUGGCUCUCGAGCAAGAUCACAGCAGAGCUUUACAGCGACAUGCUUUGAACGAAGGAGUCUCAGCCUUUUCCUCUCCCUGCACGACUCCCAUAUCUACUCAGAGGAGCUCACGGAAUGGCUUUUCUCCUCGUUUAGACAGAGUUGCAGCCGUUAGCUACUUACUGUUUUUUGUCGUGGUUUUUUAACAGUUUUAUUCCUUGUUUUUCCUCUUAUCAUGGUGCUAUCAAACUGUUCCUCUGUUUUCUGAGGUCGCAGUGGGCUACAUGUUGAUCUGCCACAUUAUAUAAACUGACAGCAUACUUGAACAGAGCGCAAGGAACUAUUUGCUUUGUGUGUUAAACUAUAUUAAAGGAGUUAUGGGGCAACCAAG